GUGCGCACGCGCGGCGCUGCAGCGGUGUUUCCGCGUUGAGUGGAGAGCAGAAGGGAUCGAGCGAGCGAGAGGAGAGAGAGAGAGAGAGAGAGAGAGAGAGUGAGAGAGAUAGAGAGAGUGGGAGAGAGAGGAUAGAGGGAAUUUGAGACGCAGCGGGACGCCGAGUCAGAAUAAACGGACACCCCACAAACGAUAACAAAAAGCAAAAAAUAUCAACGUUAACAACCCAAGCUUUUAGCCAUGGAGGACUCGGUGAAAAACACUUUUAAAAUGUGAGGUUUAAAGAGACGUGCUGCAGAAACGAGCGAGAGCGGCUUUCCCCCUCAUCAUCCACGGCUGAUCUCGACUCGGUGCUCCCGUCCCCUUCCGUCUCUCGCACCGGGGGGAAAAUGAAGAAGUUUAAUAUACGUAAAGUGCUGGACGGCUUGACGGCUGUGUCGUCCCCUUCUCCAUCCCCGCAGCUCGGGGCCAAGGAGAACGAGCUCAUCCCGGAGACGCUCCAGUCUGAGCACUUCCAGCUCUGCAAGACUGUGCGCCAUGGCUUUCCUUAUCAGCCCUCCUCUAUGGCAUUCGACCCCGUCCAGAAAAUCCUUGCCAUCGGGACUCAGAGCGGAGCUUUACGAUUAUUUGGCCGACCCGGUGUGGAGUGUUACUGUCAGCAUGAGACCGGAGCAGCCGUCAUCCAGCUACAGUUUCUCAUAAAUGAGGGGGCGCUGGUUAGUGCUUUGGCUGAUGAUAGUAUUCACCUGUGGAACCUGCGACAGAAGAGACCAGCUGUGCUGCACUCACUCAAGUUCAACAAGGAGAGGAUAACGUUCUGUCAUCUGCCCUUCCAAAGUAAAUGGCUGUACAUCGGCUCGGAACGAGGAAACAUCCACAUUGUAAAUGUGGAGUCCUUUACCCUCUCAGGAUACACCAUCAUGUGGAACAAAGCCAUUGAACUGUCCUCCAAGGCCCACCCCGGCCCAGUCGUUCACAUUAGUGACAAUCCUAUGGAUGAGGGCAAGCUCAUAAUAGGAUUUGAGUCUGGGAUCGUAGUGCUGUGGGAUUUGAAAUCAAAGAGAGCUGACUACCGGUACACUUACGAUGAGGCGAUCCAUUCUGUGGCCUGGCACCACGAGGGGAAGCAGUUUAUCUGUAGUCACUCAGACGGCACACUGACCAUAUGGAAUAUAAAGUCCCCAGCCAAGCCUGCACAGACAAUCACGCCACACGGAAAGCAGCCUAAAGAUGGAAAAAAGCCAGAGCCUUGCAAACCCAUUCUUAAAGUAGAGUACAAGACCACAAGAGCAGGGGAUCCGUUUAUGAUCUUCUCUGGUGGUUUGUCGUAUGACACUGUUGGUCGACGGCCAUGCUUGACAGUAAUGCAUGGAAAGAGCACGGCAGUAUUGGAGAUGGAUUAUCCCAUUGUAGAUUUCCUCACUCUGUGUGAAACGCCAUAUCCUAAUGAUUUUCAGGAACCAUAUGCUGUAGUGGUCCUCCUCGAAAAGGAUUUAGUUGUUAUUGACCUUGCACAAAAUGGUUACCCAAUCUUUGAAAAUCCGUAUCCCAUGAUGAUUCAUGAGUCUCCUGUGACGUGCUGUGAGUACUUAGCCGAUUGUCCUGUGGACCUCAUACCUGCACUUUACUCUGUCGGGUCUCGCCAGAAACGACAGGGCUACAGCAAAAAGGAAUGGCCUAUCAGUGGCGGAAACUGGGGCUUGGGCACACAAAGCUACCCUGAAAUAAUAAUAACUGGGCAUGCAGAUGGUUCAGUGAAGUUCUGGGAUGCUUCGGCAAUAAUGCUCCAGGUGCUGUACAAGCUAAAGACAGCUAAGGUGUUUGAGAAAGCUCGCUGCAAGGAAGAGAAACCCAGCACAGAGAUUGUGGAUGAGGACCCAUUCGCCAUUCAGUUGUUGUCUUGGUGUCCUGAGAGCCGCAUGCUUUGUGUGGCGGGCGUCUCUGCCCAUGUCAUCAUAUACAGGUUCAGCAAACAGGAAAUCACCACAGAGGUUGUGCAGUUAUUGGAGAUCAGGUUACAAUAUGAGCUGAAUGAUCUGGAGUCUCCAGAAGGGGGAGGAGAUCAGACACCAGCUCCUCCCACACCAAGCACCUCCCCCAGCCCACAAACCACCGCCCCUCAGACGCACACCUCCACUAGCAGCAACUCAUCAGAUGGGAUCCGAGACAACAUACCCUGCCUCAAGGUGCGCAGCAGUCCUCUGAAGCAGUCUCCAGGGUAUCAGGUGGAACUGGUGGUACAGCUGGUGUGGGUCAGUGGAGAGCCGCCCCAGCAGAUCAGCAGCUUGGCCAUCAACUCCAGCUAUGGCUUAGUGGUGUUUGGCAAUAGCAAUGGUCUGGCAGUAGUGGAUUACUUACAGAAGACUGUUCUGUUGAAUCUGGGAACUGUGGAAUUGUACGGCUCUAAUGAUCCGUAUCAGAGACAACCGCGAUCUCCCCGCAAGAGCCGGCAGCCUUCUGGAGGGCUUUGUGACAUUAACGAGGGCUCAGCCACCUCAGAGGAUCGCUGCAAAUCCCCCACCUCAGUCUUGAUGUCAAACCAUCAGCAAUUCUACAAUGGAGGAGGGAGAGCAAAGAUGUCACGGAAAUUAAGCUUGCCUACUGAGCUAAAGCCAGACUUGGUCCUACUCUCUGUAUGUCCCCCGCGGGGUUCCAUACCCCUAGACAACAGGGACAACUCCUUCAGCCGCUCACGGAGCUCCAGCGUGACCAGUAUUGACAAGGAAGCACGAGAGGCCAUCACAUCUUUCUAUUUCUGUGAGACGUACAACCGUAAAGCAGAUGGCGGGCUUACACCUAGUCUGUGGGUUGGCACGUCCUUGGGCACAGUCUUGGCAAUCUCCCUCAACAUGCCCCCUGCUGGAGAGCAGAGGCUUCUGCAGCCAGUCAUUGUCUCCCCUUGUGGAACUCUUGUCAGGUUGAAGGGCAGCAUUCUCCGGAUGGCUUUCCUAGAUUCUACAGGGUCUCUCCUCCCUUCUGCUUUUGAGCCAUGGUACGAACCCAAUGCCCCGGCCAAUGGAGAGGAGCGGGACAAGGUCCGCAAGAGACGGCCGGUGUCUGUCUCCCCAUCCACAUCCCAGGAACUGAAUGAAAACCAGUAUGCUGUGCUGUGCUCUGAGAAACAGGCCAAAGUCAUUUCCCUGCCCUCUCAGACCUGCGUAUUUAAACACAACAUCACCGAAACAUCUUUUGUGCUGCGGGCAGAUGUGGUACAGAUGAACACUGGCAUUUGUGUGGCCUGCUUCUGUGCCAAUGGACACAUCAUGACCCUCAGUCUGCCAGGGUUGAGACCACUGCUGGAUGUAAAUUACCUACCCCUGACAGAUAUGCGGAUAGCGAGAACGUUCUGCUUCACCAACCUCGGCCAGGCCUUGUACCUGACUUCUCCUACUGAGAUCCAGAGGAUCACCUACAGCCAGGAGGUCUGUGAGAACUUACAGGAAAUGCUAGGUGAGCUGUUUACUCCAGUGGAGACACCUGAAGCUCCAAACAGGGGAUUCUUUAAGGGUCUGUUCGGAGGAGGAGCACAGUCUCUAGACAGAGAAGAGCUUUUCGGCGAGUCAGGAGCCGGAAAAGCACCACGCAGUCUCGCUCAGCACAUUCCAGGUCCCGGGGGUAUAGAAGGCAUGAAGGGGGCAGCGUCAGGCAUCGUGGGUGAUCUCGCUCGAGCUCGGAUAGCGUUGGAUGAGAGAGGGCAAAAACUGAGCGAGGUGGAAGAGCGGACGGCAGCCAUGAUGGCCAGCGCUGACGCAUUCUCCAAACACGCUCAUGAGAUGAUGCUAAAGUGUAAGGAUAAAAAAUGGUACCAGUUCUGAUCUCCGCAAAACAGCAGAGCCCAAAGGGACUCAGGAGUUCUCCUACACAGCCUUGUUCAUCCGUAAUCCUUCUCCCACUCCCAUCUUUAUCUCUCCUCUGCUGGACCAGUGGGAUCCCUCGCUCUUUCCUAGCACAAUAUUAAAUACAGUCUGCUUACAGAACUGAGAGCGGCCCCAAUCUGAGGAAUAUCAUACCAUGACGGCGUCCACUCUUCCGUUUUUUUUGUCUGUUCGUUUAAUAUCGCCAAUCCCCUCUCAUGGCGGCUGGGCUUUGCACGCCCUGAAAUACCAUUUCUUCUCUCAGUCCUUGAAUUGUUUUUGUGCUGUUGUUUUUUUGCAAUCACGAACCUGCCUCCCACAUCGGAGAGCAGAAAUUAGUCAAAAAAAGACAGACAGACUAAACAAAAAAUACAAUAACUAAACAACAAACGUCUUAAAAAAAUCUAAAAAAAAGAGUAUAUAUACAUAAUUCUAUAUAAAUCUCUGUAAAAAUGCCAUAUUCGCUAUUGACUGUCGAGAAAAAACUGAAAUACGAAGACACCAGGUGAAGCACUGAGAAAAGAUGUCAUAACAUGGAGGAGUCAAACCUUUCAGAAGAAGAGAAAACGUCUCCUUUCUCCAAAAACCUACACAAUAUACUUACUCUGUACAUUUUUUCUUUUUUUUUUCAAUUCGAAUUGCCCCUUUGGUUUAAUUAGCGUUUGAUUAUUUAUUUAUUUUUAAUUAUUUAUUUAGCAAAACAUAAUAAUAAUAAUUUGUAAAAUCAACUGUAAAUGUCUAAUUAAAUAUACAGUGGUCAUAUUUUUAUGGAAUUAUUGUGAAUAUCACUUUAAAUAAUGCUUUACAUUAAAGUACCAUCGUGAGGGUUUACAAUAAGUCGGCAUGAUCCAGAGAAUUAAGUGACAGAUCUAUGUGGUAAAUGAAUGAAAUAUGUAACGAAGUAAUGAUGGUAUUUUCAUGUGAUACAUUAUACAGAUGUUUAAACUUUCUAUGAAACUCCGCACAGAAAAUAUCUGGUCUGGACUGCGUUGUGGAAGAAAGUUGAAGGUUUAAAGUUAUCCAUGUUUUGUUGGGUAGACAGCCAUAUAGACCUCAACAGCUAGAACAUUUGUUGUGACUGAAAAUGACAUCGCAGUCUCUUCGGCGUUGACUCUGGGAUUUGAUUUUGUCCAUUAGACCAGCUUUCUCACUCCUGCAUACCGCGUAGAAUUAAUAUAGACGCUUUAGUUGAACAUGUAGAGAUUGUACUUUAGUAACUAUUUUGGUCCACGUUUCAUUUGUUAAAUAAAAAGCACUUACUGUACUUUCGGAAACUGCUCUUUUCAUACCUGGACAUUUGGAGCGGUUUUCCAGCUCUAAUCUUUGAUGACCUGAGACUCGAUUAUGAGCUUGAAGUAGGGCGGAACGCUUUCAGUGACUUGGAAACAAUGUUCACUGUAGUUCUGAAUGUCAGGAGGACGUGUUUCUGUCUGGUUUCACACACUGGUGCUUCACGUGUAAAGCAGCGGCACAGAACGUACUUCAAGAUCAUCAUCUGUGAAAACAACUUGCAGUGAGUGUUAGGUGUACAUUCCGAACCGGAAAGCUAGAAUUUAGUAUCAUCAAAUACAAAAGAAAAAAAAAUGUACAGCAAACGUCUUUCUCGUCCCAUUUCUCCCUUGAAACCACAUUUUAGUGCCAUUAUAUUUAUUUGUGGUUUGCAAGAAAUGCUGCUAUAUAUGUUGCAUUGAUUACGUGUUCCAUUGUCGUUCCAGAUACCGAUUUUCACUUGCCUCUCUGCCCAAAGUUUUUUGCCAUUCUGUGAAUGAAAGGAGUAGUUCGACAAUCUGGGAGCGUAAAUUGCGAGUGGUCCAGGCCAUACUGAUCCUAAGACAGUUGCCAUAUCUUUUCAGACGCCAAAGAUUUUCUUUCACUGAGUUCUGUACUCCAUUGACUGUGUUCGACGGCUGUUUGUGUCUCAAGUACCACUGCAUAUUUCACCAGUAACAGUGUUGAGGACUUUUCUGAUGUUUUUGGCUGUGUGCUAGUCUGCCUUUCGUGUGUUUCGUAUGCCGUACUUCAAACAAAGAAAAGGGAGGGGGGGGGAACUACAAAACAAAACGAAGCCAAUCUCUCUCAGACUCUAAAUGUUUCUCUGUGUUGGACUCUAUAUUCUCUGUAGACGUGUUUUCAUGCCAUGGUGUUAUAGUGUUUCUGAAGACCGGGUUUGUUUUUGAAUAUCUCGCUCGUAUGUCAUCUCUCCCGAUUAACUACUUAAAUUAUAUUUGUACGAUGUGUAUUUUUCUCUGCAGUACUGUAUUUCCCUGAAUAGAUAUCCUUGUCAUAUUUUUAAUCAUCGAUUAUUAAAAAAUUAUUUUUAUAUAUGCUUUGAGGAGGACGUAUUUUGAGCUCGUCGCGCUCUGUUACUUGUCUUCAUAUCUUUGUUUUCUGUUGUGCGGUCCGUUUGUUCAUGCCAUCAUCGACACAGCAGGGUGAUUUUUGAAUUCAACACGAGCGAGUGAGCUUUUCCUUGAAAUUCUCGCAUAUAAGCGUGGUUCAUUCGAAAAAGGCCAUGCAUUUGAUUACGUGUGUUGGAAAAUACAUUUUGGGCCCUGAUAAUUCAAAACCAAAAAAAAAAUUUUUUUUCCAACAAUUGGACGGUGGCUCAUGUACUCAUGAGAUAUUCCCAGGAAAUACUUGAUGGCCUAGGUUGCUAUUUUGUCAUUGUCAAAUCGAUAAAGUAUCCAAUCAGCCGUGUUGAACUGUAAUGCUGUAAAUGUCAGUAAUAAGUGUUCUAACUCCAGCAGAAUUUAUCGAUUCAGUUCAUUCAUGUCUGUUUCAGAGAGGUUUCAGACUCACUCUCGAUGUGAACCUGGUUGUUUGCCCUUUGUAAUCUUUUCAUGACUAAGGCGAAAAAAAAAAAAAAAAAAAAAAGUUCUUGUUGCUUUCUUGGAAUUAAUUUCUUUUAAUUUAUUCAUUUUGAAAUGUUUCAUGUUGACUUUAAAUGAAUCGUUUUAUUUGUCUCAGACAGAACAUUCUUACCUGAAAUAUUACACUUUUAACAUGCAGAAGAGCCUCAUUCAUUUUCUGUCCUGAAUAUAACGGUUAUCAGUGGGUUGCAGUAUUUUCUCAUUGUAGCCAAUUUCUUGUACAGUUUUAUGCAAAUUUCACAUGGAUGUUUAUGACUAUCUGCUGCCACAAACAAUUUAGAAUUUCUGUAGAUAGAAAUUACUGUGCAAUGGAAAAAUAAAACGAUUUAAAAAUC